CUUCAGAGUUCAGACCAAACCCCGACGCACCGUCAGAAACAGUAAACACAACCGAACAAACAAAGUGACAGAACAAUAGCACUCGUCGAACAAACUAGGUCGUAUCCAUGGAGGAUGACUACGGUAACGAUAGCACCACCGUCGACACCGCGAAAGCUGAGCGAUCUGUUUGGCUUAUGAAGUGCCCUCCGGUUGUCUCAAAGGCGUGGCAGUCCUCCUCCGCUGCAGCCGAGGCACCACCCGUCGCUAAAGUUGUCGUCUCACUUGAUCCACUCCGCGCUGAAGACCCGUCAGCGCUCCAAGUAAAACAGCUUUUCUCCUCCCUCUAUUUUACGAUGGAGAUGGCUGGGAGUGAGGUGGUGCAGAUGCCGAAGAGUUACUCGCUCAACAUGUUUAAGGAUUUCGUUCCCAUGUGUGUUUUCUCCGAGUCAAAUCAGGGAAGAGUAGCAAUGGAAGGGAAAGUGGAACACAAAUUUGACAUGAAGCCCCAUCACGCUAACAUUGAAGAAUACAGAAAAAUGUGUCGAGAGAGGACAAAUAAAUCCAUGGUCAAGACAAGACAAAUUCAGGUAAUUAACAAUGAUCGUGGUGUGCACAUGAGACCCAUGCCUGGUAUGAUGGGCUUGAUUACAUCCAAUAAUAAGGAUAAGAAGAAAGCAGCUCCGGUGAAAGGUUCUGACGUGAAAAGAACUAGAAGAGACCGUGGGGAGCUGGAAGAUAUUAUGUUUAAACUUUUUGAAAGGCAACCUAAUUGGGCGCUGAAGCAGCUGGUUCAAGAGACUGAUCAACCUGCUCAAUUUUUGAAAGAGAUUUUGAAUGAGCUCUGUGUAUACAAUAAAAGGGGAACAAACCAAGGUACAUAUGAGCUCAAACCAGAGUACAAGAAAUCUGUUGAGGAUACAGGUGCUGAAUAAUGAUUCCAUAUCCUUUCCUGUAUAUUAAAUAGCAACUGAAGAGUAAUAAGGAGAACUGGUUUUAAUAUUGUAUGUAUGUCCUUGGAGACAUGGCAAUGUUCAGGGUUAUUAUCCUUAUCAAUGUGAUUCGUAGGAAGUUUAUAGUUACAUACCCUAGAUUAUAUCUGUUCUGGAUCAGAUUUGCGUAACAUUUACUUGAUAUAAUACUAAGCAGAGAGAAGUUAUUGGCAA